GCCGCCUCCCCCGCGGCGCCGGGGGGCGCUGAGCCGAGGGGCUGCCCGCGGCGCCGGGGCCACACAAAGCGGCGCGCGGCGGCGCCUUUCCCGCCACCCGUCAGGCGGCAGCCGCCCCCGCCCCGCCCCGCCCCGCCGCCGGGCCCGGGGCCGGCCGGCCGGCUCGGGCAGCCCCGCGGCGCCGAAGAUGGAGCCACCGGUACCGCCGCCUCAGGAGCAGCCGCCGCGCCCUCGGUCCCACACCGUCACCACCACCAGCAGCUCCUUCACCGCCAACCUGUCGGCCAGCUCCAGCACCCUCGCCUACGACAGGGAGUUCCUGCGGACCCCGCCCGGGCUCCUCAUGGUGACCGAGAUCGUAUUGGGGCUGCUGGUGUGGACCCUGAUUGCUGGAACAGAAUACUUUCUAUAUCCAGCUUUUGGCUGGGUGAUGUUUGUAGCUGUGUUUUACUGGGUUCUCACAGUCUUCUUUCUGAUCAUCUACAUGACUAUGACGUACACCAGGAUCCCCCAGGUGCCAUGGACCACGGUGGGUCUGUGUUUUAAUGGGAGUGCCUUUGUUUUGUACCUCAUUGCUGCCAUUGUGGAUGCAUCUUCAGUUACCAAAGAACUGGAUAGUCACAAUUACAACAGCUGGGCAGCUUCUUCAUUCUUUGCCUUCGUGGUUACCUCCUGCUAUGCUGGAAAUACGUAUUUUAGCUUUAUAUCUUGGCGAUCACGAACAUUGCAGUAAAUAUUCUGUUAAAAUGAAUUCUGUAGUAUAAAAUAUCUUGAGGAUUAUACUCGACAAAAGCUUGGAAGAGGAAUCGAGGUCUUUUUGAACAUUUCUGUUAGAAUUGACACAAUAUAUUGUAAGCUGAGAUUAAAUGAUUAUUUAUAAUACAGUACCAUCUUUAGAGACAUCUAACACUGAUUUUAUACUGUAUAAUAAAAUUUCAUACUGUUUCUUUUAAAAUUAACAUGGUAUUUUUCUAGGCAUUGUAUAGAUGUUAUUGCUAAAGCUUUAAUAAAUCUUACUAGGACAAGGUGCCAAUUUUGUAAAUGUAACUUUUUAAAUGUUACAGGUAUACUUUUGAUACUGAAUGCUACAAAGCAAAACUAAGAUUGAUAUUCUCUCAUUAUUAUGUACAAAAAGUGACAUUGUGCAGAAAAAAACCACCCAAAACUUUAAAAAUAAAUAAAAAAUGACCCAACUGUGCAUGGUUUGUAAACUGGGAGUAGAAGGUUGCUUUUUAAAUUUCUUUUUCAGAGUGAAAUAUAUCUUGCUAAGAAUUCUGAUGAUCCUGUCUGUUUGCUGGUCGUAACAGCUUCUCACAGUCAUGCGAUUGCUUUUGGAACCUGUUACUGUAGGUCUGAAGCUCACUGAGGGAAUGUUGUACCUGAAACGAAUUAUCUGAACAGGUUUCUCAAUCCAGCAGGCUCCAAGGCAUAAGGCUAGACAACAGUCCCUUAAGUGCUCAGUGUUUAACCUAUUGAGAAUAUCACAAAACACCUACUAAAGGUAAUACAUUUGGGUUGGGGGGAGGACGAGGACCGUGUUUUUCUCCCUUCUCCUCAGAUUAGGCCAUUAAUCUGUCCUAGUUAAAAUCUGGGCUUCUAAAUCUUAUUAAACGAUAUAAAUGUUAAAUCCGUAGAAUUGUCAAGAUGCCAGUGCUAGAAACAAAGAAUUUGCUCCUUCCUUUCCUGUCUGUUGGCAUCAUCUGUCAGUUGUUAGUUUAACAAAUGAAGUUUUUAAUUUUAUGUUCAUUUAAAUCUCUUUGAGUCAAGCAGAAGUAUGACAGAGGAUUAUGACCUUCAAAACAGAUACUUUUGAAAAUCACUUUCAAAUACAAAUUACCUAGGGAAUUUUUUCCAGUGGAGAGUGUUUUUUAUGUGGAGAGUGUAAGGUCAUGGUUAUUUUGUGGUAUUAUUUAAAGUUUUCCUCAUCUAAAACUACUGGUAUAUUUUAUUUUUUUUUUAUUCCUGGGUUAAGAAGGUUUGGACUCUCUUCCAGUCUUCUAAAACUUGCUUAGAGGAUUAUAUAUGGUAGUAGAGAAAUCUUACUGCUUAAAAAAACUUCUUUAUUUUCUCCCUGUAACUAAAUGGUGUGUGCUUACUUAUGUGCAUGCCUGGGAGCAAAGAAGAUGUAUCAGCAGCCAGCUAAUUCUGUUCUCUAUCACAUUGUGUUGUUCUUGAUUAUCUGUUGAAGUCACAGGGUUUCAGUGUAAGGGAAGCCAAGAUAUUAUUUGAAAACCUAUAUUUGUCUGCAAGUUGCAUCUGGCCUGCACAACAAAGGUCAGCCUGUCUGCUGCUUGCUAAAAUUAUCCAGUUGUGAGAAGGAAGAAGGGCUACCAACUAUGCAUUUAUCUACACAGAUAAAAUGUGUCAUUAAAAUCCCAUAUGCUCUUUUCCAUUGCUGGAAAAAAAUCAAAGGGAUAAAAAUGAUCCAAAUGUCAACUGAUAAAACAUGACUAGAAAUAUAAUCAGAAUUAAAAUCUCAUCUGUGAUUUCUCACUAAUAAAAAUGCUUUAGUAGUAAGAGGAAUUCUUUCUUAAAUGAUACUUGAUGUACCUAUUUUAAGUUCAAAGAAUGUGGCUAUGUUUGCACAAAUGUUCCAUGACUUUGUGGUAAUUGCAAUGGUCUGGUCUAAAGUCAUAACCCAGACAACUUUUGUGGAUAGGGGUUGUAAGAGGAAGUAGGGCUGAGAGAAACACAUUUCAUACAGUUUACCAAAAACUGUUGUGGGAACUGUGUGUAACAUGUCAGAAUAAACUCACUAACGAAGGACAAAACCACACUAUUAUCAGAUAAAGAAUGAUUCUGGCAAAAUACCUAGCACCUCUCUGAGUCUUCAGUGGUGAUCCUCAAGGGAAGAUACGUGAAAUGGCUUCCAAAGGCAAAUCUGUCAGUUGAAUCCUUAAUUCUGAAUUUCAAAAAAAUUACAUACUAGGCAGAAUUUACUUUAUGCUUGGCCUUGCUUCCCCCCCCCUCCCCCAAAUCUUAAUUUACCUCCUUUGCUCUUUCCUUUUAGGAAGAUAAUUACCUUGCUUCCCAUGAUCUUUAUCAUCUGUCUCAUUUCUCUCAUCUGUUGCCCAGGCACCAACUGUCUUGUUUUCCAAGUGUUCUGAAUGAAUAUCUAGUUAAAAUUGGAUGAAUCUGUACAAGCUGAGAAUUACUUCUGAAGUUUACUCCUAUUUCAGGCUUGGAAGAAAGGCAUAAGCAACCAAAAGGUUAUCUGUUUCUUCCAGUGCAUUAAUUUUCAAUACUGAUUUGAAAGCUAUCACUUACGCCUUUGUAUAUUCUAAUAUUGAUAGAGAAGGUAAAAGAUGGGUGUGGUUUAUCAUAUAACAAUUAAAACAAGAGUUGUGGCUACAGGUAUUGCUUGGCUUUCAUAAGACUGGAAGAAGCCUUCUUUAAAAGAACAACUGGUAAGUGAUGAAAUCCGUAGUGAAAUUCUUAAUACAGAUAUUUAGAAUAAAACCCAAAAUGCUAAUCGACUUGCAAAAUGAAGGUAUUUGACAGUAUAAAUAACUUGUUUCAGACAAACAGUCUCUCAAAAAUUUGUCACCCACGUACAUAAAGGUACCUGAUGUCAACUUGCGGCCAUCAAAUUUCAUUUAUUAAGCAGUUGUCAGUACCUCUUAUCAUCAUUAUACAUGGUGCACUUAAGAUGAAGUAAAUAGCAUGAGAACUGUAAUAAAAACUUCACAUUCA